GCAAUUCAGAAUUCAUACUGUUACCCCAUAAAAGGGAAGCUAAGCAACAGUGGAUAUGAAGAUGCAUCUUAUAUGCUAUUUUGAGGUUGUUCAAAUUUUACUGUCACAGCUACCUGAUUUCCAUAAUUUGCAAUGGCUAUCAAUUGUUGCUGCAAUCAUGUCUUUCAGCUAUUCUUUCAUUGGUCUUGGACUUGGCUUUGCAAAACUCAUAGGAAAUGGUUAUAUUAAGGGAAGCAUUGCAGGAAUCUCUACUUCUACUACAGCUGAAAAAACACUGUCGGUAUCUCAAGCUGUAGGAGACAUUGUAUUUGCCUAUCCAUUCUCUAUAAUUCUCAUUGAAAUACAGGAUACUUUGAAGUCACCUCCACCAGAAAACCAGACUAUGAAAAAGGCCUCCACCAUAGCAGUUGUUGUUACGACCUUCCUCUACCUCAGUUGUGGAGGUUUCGGAUAUGCAGCCUUUGGUGAUGAAACACCAGGGAAUCUCUUAACAGGAUUUGAAUCUUAUGGACCACGUUGGCUCAUCAACUUUGCUAAUGCUUGCGUUGUGCUUCAUCUGGUUGGAGGUUAUCAGAUAUUCUGUCAACCACUCUUUGCAAAUGUUGAAAAAUGGUUAGCCGAGGUGUUCCCACACAGCAGAUUUGUAGAGGACAAUUACACAGUUAGACUGCCAUUGUUGCGCCUUUUUACAUUAAAUCCUCUAAGGCUGUGUUUCAGGACAGCUUAUGUUGUGUCAACAACUGGAAUUGCAAUCAUAUUUCCUUACUUCAAACAGAUAUUGGGCGUGCUAGGCGGCGUGAACUUUUGGCCCAUAAGUAUAUAUUUUCCAGUAAAAAUGUACUUGAAGCAGACGAAGAUUGCAGCUUGGAUAGCAAAGUGGUUAAUGCUUCAAAUUUUCAGCACUGUUUGCUUGUUUAUAACUGUGUUUACCUUGAUUGGAUCAAUCCAAGGAGUAAUAAGUGAAAAACUGAGCUAAAAGGCUGCAAAAAUUUCCUUCACAAUGGGAUCAGAAAGUCUUUUGAAUGUAUUAUAAUGAAUGAUCUUUCCUGGCCUAAAUUGUAAAAGGAAAAAAGAAAUGUUAUCUUGUGUAUAUAAUUAUCACUA